CGCAGGUGAGAGGUCGGCAGCAUGGCGGCGGCCUGAGGGCCCGGGAGGCAGCGGCCGCAGAUGUGGGGGGCGCUGAGGGGAGCGCGGCGCCUGCCGCCCGCCCUCCGCAGGGGUCUGGCCAAGCCGGCGCGCCCGCAGAGCCUCCGCCAGCUGAAGGAGGCCGACGAGGCCGCGCCGGUCUUCCAGUACGUGGGGAAGGCAGCCAAGCGGAAGGACCGCGUCUUCGUGUGGGGCUUCAGCUACUCGGGCGCCCUGGGCAUCCCCAGCUUCGUGAAGCCGGACGCGGGUUGGAAGAAGCCGCGACGUGUCCAACCCGUUCCUUACCGACUGGAAACGGAGGAGAAGAUAUGCUCUGCUGCCUGCGGUUAUGGAUUCACACUGCUGGCCUCUAAUACCACAGACAUCACCAAAGUGUGGGGCAUGGGGCUCAACAAGGACUCCCAGCUUGGAUUCCAGAGAAGCAGAAGAGAUCAAACUAAGAGCUAUGAGUAUGUCCUGGAGCCAUCUCCAAUUCCACUGCCGCUGGAGAAGCCACAGCAGACUCGAGUCUUGCAAGUGUCCUGUGGGAGAGCCCAUUCCCUGGUCCUGACAGACAGAGAAGGAGUUUUCACAAUGGGGAACAAUUCUUAUGGACAGUGUGGCCGGAACAUUGUGGAAGAUGAAAUUUACAGUGGAAGUCAUCUAAUUCAUCAGUUGAAGGAGUUUGACAGCACAGUUGUCCAGGUUGUAUGUGGGCAGGACCACAGUCUGUUCAGAACCAAGAAAGGCACAGUCUAUGCAUGUGGAUGGGGAGCUGAUGGGCAAACAGGCCUAGGACACUACAACAUCACCAGUGUUCCUACUAAGCUACAGGGUGACAUUGCUGGAGUGAACAUCAUCCAGGUCUCUUCCUAUGGGGAUUGUUGUCUGGCUGUCUCAGACCAGGGAGAUGUCUUUGGCUGGGGCAAUUCAGAAUACUUGCAGUUGGCAUGUGUCACAGAAACCACACAGGUGAAUGUUCCCAGACACCUACCAUUCAAGAUUGGGAAAAUAAAGGAGGCUGCUUGUGGAGGGACUGGCAACCUGGUGCUAACAGAAGAAGGAAAUGUUUUUGUCUGGGGAUAUGGAAUUCUUGGGAAAGGACCAAACCUAAUAGAAACAGCAGUGCCAGAGAUGAUCCCACCCAGCCUUUUUGGCCGCUCAGACUUCAGUCCGGACAUCCGCGUUGCUCACGUUCGCUGUGGACUCAGCCACUUUGCUGCACUUACAAACAAAGGAGAACUGUUUGUAUGGGGCAAGAACCUAAGAGGGUGCCUGGGAACUGGAAGGAUGGAAGACCACUAUUUCCCAUGGAGGGUGACUGUCCCUGGUGAGGUGGUGGAUGUUGCGUGUGGAGUUGAUCACAUGGUGAGCAUGGUGAAGUCUUUCACCUAGUUACCAUUGCUGGUGCUUGGUGAUGAGCUUCUUGGAAAGGAAGACUCCUGUGAAGCCAAGCAAGAAGUGACUGAGCAGAAAUGGCCAUAGCAGUGCCUCAGGGUGAUCCAGCCUGGCUACAGUGUGUUCCCUGAGGAGAGUGGAAAUGCAGAGAGUGCUCUGGUUGGUUCAUGAUGAGCUCCCAGAGAGUCUGGCCCAGCCUAAAGCUAAUGAGUCUACCUGAAGAUGAAGAGUUUCUCCCUCAGAGAAGAUGUGCUACAGAUCUCAUCUUAUGCCAAGGUCACUUAGGAAUGCUUUCCCUGUCACCAGCUCUGAGGUGUCAGUGUUGGGCUGAGCCAAACUAUUCCUCAAGGGAAAGGUCUUUUAUUCUUUAGAGAAUUGUUUUUAAUAUGGAAGAAGUGAUGCUGUCUGGUGUCCAGCACAGCUGUCCUCAGUGUCCACCACCAGCUGCACUCUGCCCGGGCUGCUGUGGAGCAGAAGCACAGCCAGUGGCCUGGGUACUGCAGUGUGCUCUUAGCCCAGGCUGUGUCUGGCUUCUGUGUGGGCUCUUAAGGACUGAACACCCAAGGAACAUGUUCCUUAAACUGGAAGAGUGAGAAUAUGUUUGCAGGGAGAGAGUGCUAUUAGGUUAGCCAGUGUGGAAAG